UCAGCCAUGGCCCGCAUCAUCGACCUGGGGCCCUGGGACGACGGCUCCACGCACGUGUACGCGUCCCCGGCCAUCCUGCUGCCAGUGGAGCGGCCGCGCAACCAUCUGGCCGGCGUCAAGCAGCAGCUCUACCACCCGGCCCUGCCCAGCCUGCGCCGCAUGGACAUGGACUCGGUCAGGGCCUGCCUUUCCGACGAGCACUGCCGGUCCACCACCUACUGCCGCAAAGGCGACUUUGACAACGCCUACUUCACACUUUUGGGUGUCCCCAACAAACCCCUGCAGUGUUUGGACGUCUCGGCAACCGGCCAGAGACUCCGCAACAGGUGCCGCGAGGGGAAGCUGGUACCCAUCGUGCCGGGCAUCAACCGGGUCGACUGGCCCUGCUUCACACGAGCCAUUGAGGACUGGUCCCGCUUCGUGUCCUCGGCCGGCGAGUUCAAGCUGCCCUGCCCAAGCAAGAGGGUCGAGAGUUUCAGUGGCUACGCGGUGCGGUACUUGAAGCCGGAGGUGACCCAGAACUGGCGGGGCCAAGAUCGCUGGCAGAGAGCAAUGUGGGGGGCGGGGGAGGGGGGUCAGUGUCCCCCCCUUGGCUCACGGACCCCCCAUUCCUCUGGCCCUCUCCAGUACUGUCUCAACCAGAACCCCAGUCUGGACUGCUACGGACAAAAGCCCCUGCCUUUCGACUCCUUGAAUGCUUUCCGAUGCUUCGGCUCUAUCUACAGUCGUGUCAACUACCUGACCCCCUGGCAUUAAUCUGUGAAAAGGAAGCUGACCCCGGGGCUGCUGGACUAUGCCCUCCUCAGGUUCUCCAGCAGGACAGCCGGUGUAUGGUGGGACCACCC